GUCUCCUGAUUGGUCAGGGCGGUCCACAUUAUACAAACUGUUUCGUAAACGGAGAACGAAUGCUUGUGUAAGGUGGCCAGACUGGUGCGCAUCUCCCAAAAGGUUCGGAACCGAGGCUGCAGCUGGAUCUGACCUGCAACCAGCGAGAUGGGUGGAGUUUGGUGGACUUCAUUUCUGCUCCUCACACUUUGGCACCAGUCCAAUGCCCAGAACUCUGAGCCAAUGCUCCAGGCCACAACAAACACAAUCCUUCCUCCUGACAACAUCAACAACCCCACACAGCUCAACUACGGCAUGGCUGUGACAGACGUGGAUGGGGGCGGGGACUUGGAGGUGGUGGUAGCAGGGUACAACGGACCUAAUUUGGUGUUGAAAUAUAACUCCACCCUCAAAAAGCUGGUAAACAUCGCUAUUGAUGACGCAGGGUCUCCUUACUACGCACUGAGGGACCCAAGCGGAAAUGCUAUUGGAGUCACUGCCUGUGACGUGGACGGAGACGGACUUGAGGAAAUCUACUUCUUGAACACAAACAAUGCGUACUCCGGGAAGGCAACCUAUUCUGACAAGCUUUUCAAAUUUCGUAAUGGCCGCUACGAGGAUCUGCUCAGUGAUGAGAUCAAUGUGAACCGUGGCGUGGCUAAUGGCAUGGCAGGACGCUCGGUUGCAUGUGUGGACAGGAAGGGAACUGGCCGUUAUGCAGUCUAUGUUGCAAACUAUGCCAGAGGCAACGUUGGUCCCCAUGUUCUCAUAGAAAUGGAUGAAGCUGCCAGCGACGCCUCCAGAGGAGUCAUCGCUCUGUCUGAUGUGGCGGCCGAGGCUGGUGUGAGGAAGCUCACAGGUGGUCGUGGUGUGGUUGUUGGACCGAUCUUAAACCAGGGACGGUCUGACGUUUUCUGUGACAACGAGAACGGACCUAAUUUCCUAUUCAAGAACAAGGGAGAUGGCACUUUUGAGGAAGUGGCCAGACAAGCCGGAGUGACGGAUGAGUCCCAGCAUGGCAGAGGAGUAGCACUUGCUGACUUCAACGGGGAUGGAAAAACUGACAUUGUCUAUGGUAACUGGAAUGGCCCACACAGACUUUACUUGCAGACCAGCGACUCCAAAUUUAGGAAUAUUGCCACUGGAGGAUUUGCUCAACCUUCACCCAUUCGCACCGUCAUUGCUGCUGAUUUUGACAAUGACCAGGAGCUGGAGGUGUUCUUUAAUAAUAUUGCUUACAGAGGAAAUGCCCCCAACAGGCUGUUCAGAGUAUCCAGGGAAGCAAACAGGGAUCCAGUAAUUAAGGAGCUCAACGUAGGAGAAGCUGCUGAACCACAGGGCAGAGGAACAGGGGGCACAGUUACCGAUCUGGACGGGGAUGGACAACUGGACCUGCUGCUGGCACAUGGGGAGAGCGCUCAGCAGCCCAUCUCAGUCUUCAAGGUCACACAGGGUUCCUCCAACAACUGGCUGCGUGUCAUUCCUCGCACACAGUUUGGGGCGUUUGCCAGGGGGGCCAAAGUGACUGUCUUCACCGCACAGAGUGGCGCUCUGACCCGCAUUAUUGAUGGGGGUUCAGGGUAUCUGUGUGAGAUGGAACCUGUUGCCCAUUUUGGCUUGGGAACGGAUGAGGUGAGGGUUCUGCAGGUGUCUUGGCCCGAUGGCACCUUGAUGACCCGAGCCCUUCAGACCACAGAAAUGAACUCUGUGGUGGAAAUCUCCUACCCCAGUGGGGAGGUGUCGCUUGUGCUGCAAAACGACACUCAGUGCGGCGCUGGCUUCACAGUGGAGAACGGUUUCUGCGCAGGUGUUUGAGGAGCAUGCAUGAUCAGAGGCCGGCGCUGCAGCCUGCGACCGUCCCGUGUUCUCCUCUGCUCCCCUUCACUCCUAAUUUCACUGCCGUUAACGAGCUGCUUAAUAAAGGUUAUAACGUGGGAUCGCUCAUGUCUGGAUUUCAUUGAAAAGCAUCAGGCGUGCAGAGCAGAUGUAUACGUGGGGGGGUAGUGUUGAUGAACUCCUGUUAUUGACAGGGUCCCCUUCCAAAGAGAGGGGGUGUUUGCAUGCAGACCUCUAACCGAAAGCCCAGACGCUCACAGAUGCUCGUCCUCAUGGUCGAUGCUGACGUCCCGCAGAGCUCAGUGUUCAAAGACCCCAGACGUUCAAAGGAGGGGUCACUUCUCUGUCCUCGGAUGUUUACAGUGGUCUGAUGUGGAAUGCAACAGAAACUCUGAAUUCAUCUGGAACGGUUUUAUUCAAAUAAACGUCAAGGUUGUGUUCCUGAAAACCUGUUUUCAGGAGCCUUUGGCCUGAUGGUUGUUGAUUCUUUGAUGGGGUUUCUCCUCAAACAGGCUUAAUGUUGCUGCUAAUGUGGAAACCAAGUUGGUUGUUCUAUCAGGACAUUCUCCUCAGGCUUCUUCUAAAACUUUUGCUUCCUUCAUUUCUUGGAGAAGAACCAGAUAAAAGUUUGAACACAUAUUCACUCAUGACAAGAGUCCAAGAAGACAAUCUGCAGGUGAUGCGUUCAAGGACAUCCGGCUGCAGGAAGUUUGUUUCAAAGGGAAUACAAACAGAAAACAACCAACUCCUCAAUCAGAAAGAAAAAAUACAAAAAUGAACAAGAAAAGAAAUAUCAUUAGCAGAGACUAUUUCAGAUUAACGCAAAAUGAAACCUACUAACAAAUUCACAGAGGAAUGGAAAUAACCUUACUACAGAAAACCCCUUCAACUUCUAAUUAAUCUCUGUCUUUUUUUGAUUGCUUGAAAUAAAUCAAUUCCACCUGUAUUAUUUUAAAUAUCAGAAUUAAAAAUGCUUUUUUUUGUGUAACGUAAAUACACAAACGUAUUUCAUAUUACAUACCAACUUCAGAAAUCCUCUUCUCUGCUAUUGACCAAAUACCUGCACGUAUUUUCUGCUUCAUUACUCAAAUAAAAUUCUUUAAAAAUCAA